AUGGGUAUUUCAAGAGAUAGCAAACACAAGAGAAGAGCCACCGGUGGUCGUAUGCCUGUUCACAGAAAGAAGAGAGCUUUCGAAAAGGGCAGACCCAUCAGUAUGACUAAGUUAACCACCCAAUCUACUACCAUCACUGAAAAGAGAAGAAUCAGACCCGUCAGAGUUAGAGGUGGUCACUUGAAGUUCAGAGCUCUCAGACUCUGCGAAGGUAACUUCUCUUGGGGUUCUGAAAACAUUACCAGAAAGACUAAGAUUCUCGAUGUUAAGUACAACGCCACUAACAACGAAUUGGUCAGAACCAAGACUUUGGUCAAGAACAGUAUCGUCGAAAUCGAUUCUACCCCCUUCAGAGAAUGGUACAAGCUCCACUACGGUAUCGAUCUCGGUUUAAAGAAGGAUAGAACUGUCCUUGGUAAUAAGGAAAAGUCUAGACACGUCCAAAAGAGAGUUAAGAGAACUAAAGCUUAAGCCCUUGAAAAGAACAUCGAAGAAUAAUUCGUUUCUCAAAGAAUCUUAGCUUGUAUCACCUCCAGACCCGGUCAAUCUGGUAGAGCUGACGGUUACAUCCUCGAAGGUAAGGAACUCGAAUUCUACAUCAGAAAGUUACAAUCUAAAAAGAAGUGA